AUGACAGUGAAAGAAUUGAGAAAACUUGUGGAAUUGGCAACUGGAAUUCCGUACGACCUACAGAGGCUAACCUACUUGGAUGAAGCGGAGUUAGUGGACAGUACCACCCUGAGAGAGAAUGAAAUCGUUCCUGGUGGAACUCUUAACCUUUCAGUUUGGUACAUAUGGCUAGAAUUGGUAGAAAGAGCUAUCAUGGGUGACAUACCAAAUCUUCUGAAACUUGGGGUUUCUCCUAUCAUUCCUUUCUCUUCGCCUAUAACUGAAUAUAUGGAUGAGAAGACAAAGUUGGCCUGGACAAGAAAAAAAGCCUUUGUGGUUCUGUGUAUUGCUGCUAAUCGAGAAAACUUACUUCUUUGCCAAGAGAUGAUGCCAUGUAUAGAGAAAGUGAACAUGAGAACACCAAUUGGACGAACAGCCCUCCACAUUGCAGCUAGUCAGGGAAGGUGUGAAAUGCUUAAACUGCUGCUUGAGAAUGGAGCAAAAUUGAAUCUUACAGAUAUUGAUGGCUUCAAACCACUUGACAUAGCCAUUUUGUUUGGUCGCCAAGAAGCCGAACGUUUACUUUUCAUGGUGAACUGGAAAAUGAAGAUGGAACGAGCACAGGCUGCUACAAAGAAGAGAGAAUUGCUCAGUUCUUCGAAAAAAGAAGAGUCAGUUACUGAUGACAUUUUACCAGAGUUAACAUCAGAAACUCAGCUUACUGCUCCUGAGAUAGACAAAGCAAAAGUCAUGAAAGAUGAGCUUCAGAUACAAACUGUGCCUAAAACUCCUGUUAUUACAGCCAAGGAAGUUACUACCUCUGCACCAAAUGAAACUGUUGGAAAAAAAGAAGAAGAGAUAAAAGCCAUAGCCAAAAGUAAAUCUAAGGUAGAUAACGUGUCAGCAUUGGGAGCUGAGAACCAUCCACCUGAUGGUUACAACAAAGACCCUGAUUCUUUCCGUCGAUAUUUAGUAUCACUUAAGAGACAAUUCUCCUACUUUUCUUGGGUGAUGGUCGUAGGCAUUAAUCAACCCAAAACUACUUCUUUCUCUUCUUAG